CUGGCUAGUAAACGGCCACGUCCGCUUGAGCGUAGACUAUGAUGACACACCAAAACACUUUUCUUAGUUUCUAGUCCCGUCUAACCGCUUAAAAAUAGAACAAAGUGUGCGGCAAGGCACUGAAAUUGCCCAACCCGGUUUCUUCAAGGUUUGUUGAAGAUUCUGAUUUCUGGUAUUGCCACUCGGUUAAGAUAGCCAGUACAGUUUUGUGCUAGACCAUGACUGACUAUAAAUCACCUGGAAGUUUCCAAGAUAAAGUGGAGGGCAGUGCGGAAAAAGGGAUAGAUGAAUCUGUGCACGAUUUACAUGUAAUGAAUGGUCAAAAGAAGCACCGAGAUUCAGAGGAAGGCAAUCACAGAACCCACAAAGCUGACCCCCAAGGUGGUGAGAAUGUAGCUCGUGCUCCUGGCGAGGUAAAUAUGGAAGCUGAAAUUACUCCCGAUGAUGUUAUGCGGGCAGGAGGGUUUGGAGCUAGAGACGAUAUUGGUAGUUUCCUUCCUACAGCAGUUGACACCACUGACUUUGAAGCUUCUCUGCGUGAUGCUCGAGGCUAUGAAGAGCCACAAGAAGGCGUCUGCAGACCUGGCCUUGGCUGGACAGACGAAGUGGCUAAGAAAUGAACACAUUUCUGCUGCAGCAUCAAGUGGAGUUUCUAAACCCACUUCGUUUUUUCCUGCCCUUUUAUACUCACAGUUCUCUUCCCGAUAUAUAUAUGUAGUGUUUCACUGACAGACUGACAGAACAAUUGCUUUUGAACAGCAUCCCAUAUUUUAUUAGAGUAAUUCAAGUCUCCUUGUUUGUGAAA